AUGUUGGCUUUGUUGAUAUUCUAUGGAUGUGAAAUUCCAAAAGGGAUAUUGGGUGAUCUUACACAGCUAAUAUCAUUGUCCCUUAUGGAUAACCAGCUUUCAGGUGAAAUUCCAAAAGGGAUAUUGGGUCAUCUUACACAGCUUAAAACAUUGUACCUUGGUGGUAACCAGCUUUCAGGUACGAUUCCCAAGGAGAUUGGUUAUCUUGAUAAACUUGAGGUGCUAUCAUUGUCUAACAAUAGCUUAAGUGGAUCUAUUCCUUCCAAAAUCUUCAACUUGUCAUCACUCACAUAUUUGGAGGUUGAUCGUAAUAGCCUCUCAAGCACAAUUCCAUCAAAUACGGGAUAUAGCCUUCCUAACCUGCAAUAUCUACACUUGUAUCAAAACAAUUUUGUUGGAAAUAUUCCAAAUAAUAUAUUCAACUCUUCAAAGCUCCGUCAAAUCGCAUUGGACAAAAAUGCAUUCAGUGGACUUGUUCCCAAUGUUAUUGGAAACUUAAGGUCCCUUGAAUCGCUAUUCAUAUAUGACAACAAUUUGACAAUAGAAGAUUCUCAUCAAUUCUUUACUUCCUUGACAAAUUGUAGAUAUUUGAAAUAUUUAGAGCUAUCAAGGAAUCAUCAUAUAUCCAAUCUUCCUAAGUCAAUUGGAAACCUAACUUCAGAAUACUUUACGGCAGAAUCAUGUGGAAUUGAUGGUAAUAUUCCCCAAGAAGUUGGAAACAUGAGCAACUUGCUAACUUUGGAUCUGUCUGACAAUAAUAUAAAUGGACCAAUACCUGGUACAUUCAAAGGGUUGCAGAAACUUCAGCAUUUGAGUCUUAGCAACAAUGGAUUACAAGGACCAUUUAUUGAAGAGCUUUGUGAAAUGAAGAGUUUGGGUGAGUUGUAUCUUGAAAAUAAUAAGCUUUCUGGAGUUUUACCAACAUGUUUAGGAAAUAUGAUUUCUCUUAUAAGGAUAAAUGUAGGAUCUAACAGUUUAAACUCUAGAAUACCUUUAUCUCUUUGGAGUCUUAGAGAUAUAUUAGAGAUAAAUUUUUCUUCAAAUUCUUUAAUUGGUAAUCUUCCACCUGAGAUUGGGAAUUUGAGAGCAAUUAUACUAUUAGACCUAUCAAGAAAUCAGAUUUCAAGCAACAUUCCAACAACCAUCAGUUCCUUACAAACAUUGCAGAAUCUCUCCUUAGCAGAUAAUAAACUGAAUGGAUCAAUUCCCAAAUCACUUGGUGAAAUGGUAAGUUUAAUCUCUUUGGACUUGUCCCAAAAUAUGUUAACCGGUGUUAUUCCAAAAUCCUUAGAAUCACUUUUGUAUCUUCAAAACAUCAACUUCUCAUAUAAUAGAUUACAAGGAGAGAUUCCCGAUGGUGGACAUUUCAAAAACUUCACAGCUCAAUCAUUUAUGCAUAAUGAAGCACUUUGCGGCGAUCCUCGCCUCCAAGUACCUACAUGUGCUAAGCAUGUUAAGAAAUGGAGAAAGAAUGAAAAUACUCUUGAAAGGGGUUUGUCAAUUUUGGGAGCUCCAAGGAGAAUAUCCUAUUAUGAACUUGUGCAAGCAACUAAUGGAUUCAAUGAGAGUAAUUUCCUUGGAAGGGGGGGAUUUGGCUCUGUUUAUCAGGGGAAGCUUCUUGAUGGUGAGAUGAUUGCCGUUAAAGUAAUUGAUUUGCAAUCAGAGGCAAAAUCAAAGAGCUUUGAUGCAGAAUGCAAUGCGAUGAGAAAUCUACGACAUCGGAAUCUGGUAAAGAUUAUCAGCAGUUGCUCAAAUCUUGAUUUCAAAUCAUUGGUGAUGGAGUUCAUGUCAAAUGGAAGUGUUGAUAAAUGGUUAUAUUCAAAUAACUAUUGUCUAAGUUUCUUGCAAAGGUUAAAUAUAAUGAUAGAUGUUGCAUCUGCAUUGGAAUAUCUCCAUCAUGGUUCCUCAAUACCAGUGGUUCAUUGUGAUCUAAAGCCUUCCAAUGUCUUGUUGGAUGAAAAUAUGGUUGCACAUGUUAGUGAUUUUGGUAUUGCAAAGCUGAUGGAUGAAGGACAAUCUAAAACUCAUACACAAACUUUGGCUACUGUUGGAUACCUCGCACCAGAGUAUGGUUCUAGAGGAAUUGUUUCUGUGAAAGGAGACGUGUUCAGCUAUGGGAUUAUGCUAAUGGAAAUCUUCACAAGAAGAAAGCCAACAGAUGAUAUGUUUGUUGCAGAACUAAGCUUGAAGACAUGGAUCAGUCGAUCAUUGCCUAAUUCCAUUAUGGAGGUCAUGGAUUCAAAUUUAGUCCAAAUAACUGGGGACCAAAUUGAUAAUAUAUUGACUCACAUGUCAUCUAUUUUUAGUUUAGCUCUAAGUUGUUGUGAGGAUUCACCUGAAGCAAGAAUCAAUAUGGCAGAUGUUAUUGCGACGCUAAUCAAAAUCAACACUUUGGUUGUUCGCGCAAACACAGUCUAG